AUGGCAUCUCUGAGAGAUAGGAUGCAUCGGAGCAUAUACCAGCAACGGGAUGAACCUUAUCCAUACCCUGACCUUCCACCAUCGUUGACACCACACCGACAUACCAACGACCAACAACACCCACAAGCGGCUGCACAAACAUACCAUACACCAUAUCUUGGCUUAAGAGCUAGGUUAUCCCAGAUAUGGUUCAACCGAUGGACAAUCUUGCUCUUGUUGAUCGUCGUACGGAUGAUCAUCUUGGUUGCUGGUAUGAGCAAGGAUCUUGAUUCGGCUCAGAUCCAAGCUCAGUCGGCAUGUACUGGUGUCGAAAGUAUGGGUAGUGCUAUGGCAUCUAUGCCACACUACAUGGCUUCCGGUGUCAACGAAGCAGCGGCCAAGGGUAUUGAGGCUGCCGUUCGCGGCUUGCAAAGGACCCUUUUCUUGGGUAUCACAGCUAUUGAAGCUAUUGUCAUCUUCGCCAUCAACGUUCUUCUGCAAACAUAUAUCUGCCUUCUGACCUUCGCCAUCAGGAGCAGCUUGGGAACUGUUAUCAAUGCCGUCGACGAGAUAUCGCAAUUCGUUAACAAAACUCUAACUGGAAUCGUCGACGACAUUAGAGGUGAUGCGAAGAGCUUUGAGAACGCCUUCAACCGCUUCGUAGACUCCCUCAAUAGUCUUGGCAACUUUUUCGGCUCUGGCACUGAGGUUCCUAAGCUUACCCUUCCCUCCCUCAAUCGACUCGGUAAAAUCCAGAUCCCCGAUAGCUUUGCCAAAGGCCUCGAGGACCUGAACAAGACCAUUCCAACUUUCGAUCAGGUCAACGACAUGUACACCUCAGCUCUUAAGAUGCCAUUUGACUACAUCAGAAAUGAGAUGAACAAUUCUCUCACUGUCUAUCAAUUCAAUCGCGAUGUCCUCCCUGUUCCUGAGAAGACAACAUUGAGAUUCUGUUCCGAAAACCCCACAAUCAACAAUUUCUUCCAGAUGAUCAACGACAAGAUCAAGCAAGCUAAGAAUAUCUUCCUAGGUGUCCUGAUUGCCUGUGCCUUUUUGGUCAUGAUCCCAAUGGCAUACCGCGAAUGGUGGCGCUACAGGAGCAUGCGCCAGCGUGCGUACAUGCUCAACGACAAUCGUCAGCAGUUCGAUCCCGUCGACAUCGUUCAUAUCGCUACCUACCCUUACUCCUCAACUCUUGGGUUGAAGGCUGCCACUUGGUUCAAGGCUCAUCGACGCCAAGUCGCUAUGAGAUGGUGGUUCGCUUACAUCUCUUCACCCGCCUGCCUUUUCGUUCUUUCUCUCGGAAUUGCUGGCCUUAUCUCUGUUCUUGGACAAUGGAUCGUUCUCAAGCAAAUCGUUAACGCUACACCCGCGCUAGCCAACGAAGUUGGGGAGUUCGCUGACAUCGUUGUCACUCAACUUACCGAUUCUUCCCUCGCCUGGGCAAAAGAUGCCAACGGUGUCAUUGAUGAAACCGCAAGCAACAUCAACGGCAAUGUUCUCGGAUGGGUUCACACCGGCAGCCUUGCUCUCAACGAUACCCUCACUGGAUUUGUUGAUACAUUACAGGACGGAAUCUCUGAUUUCUUCGGCGGUACUCCUCUCGAGGAGCCCGUCAAAGGUAUCUUCUUUUGUUUGGUCGAACUCAAGGUAAAGGGUAUCCAGAAGGGCCUUACUUGGGCUCAUGAGAACUCUCAGGUUUCAUUCCCAUACUUCCCCAACGAUACAUUCUCCCUCGGUGCAGCUACCAGCGUUGGCCCAGAUGCAAAGGAAGGAUCUUCUAGCUUCCUGGCUGAUACGGGAUCCCAGGCAGCUGACAAGAUUACCAAUGUCGUUGUGAAACUUGCGGAGAAAUAUGAGAGCUCACUCCUCAUCGAGGUCUACAUCUGCUGCGGUUUGAUCGGACUUUGGUUGCUCGUCUGUGUCAUUGGUGCGAUUCGUGUCGUUAUUAUGAUGGCAGGAAGUGACAAGACUAGGGCCGAGGGCGGUUCCAGAGCGCCAAUGGGAGGUAACCAGCAAGGAUUUCCCGAUCAUGGCGAGGAAAGGAUCGCUCCAGUAUUCCCACAGUUCUCAGAGAAGUCUGACCCCGAUUUGAGGAUGAGGGGAAGCUCCGAAGAUGGGGGUGCCCCUGCCGCGAUUGGGAGUCCGACUCGGAGGGUAGUAACCAAAGAGCGGCCACCUGUCUGGAGCCAUCAUGGCGACGUUAGAGACUAA